AAAAAGAAGAAAAAUGUAUAUUAAAAUUAAAAUGAGUGUCUGUUUGUCUGUUCGCAAGAUGAAAUGCUUGAUAAACUCUUGAACUUCUCCUUAAACCUGUAAAAAUUAACUUUCAUUUCUUGGUAACCAGCUUCAGUUACUGGGCGUGGUCCUUACAGUCUUAUGAUCGCCACCAUCCUUCAUCUAAUCAUGGAGACGCGAAAAAACCGCAGAGACUAUAGAGAAUAUUUUGUAAGGGGUGAACACUUAAAGCUGAAAGAGCUGAAAUCGAAAGCUCGACAUUCCUACCUGGAUACGAAAAGGAAAAAAUACCUGUUCAAAAAUAAAGAAUACAUCCCUCCGUACCCCCGGCCGGAGUUUCACGUCUCUCAUGUGAAACACGACACAGAGAGAGGGUCACUGUGCUGGAUCUCGAAGGAUGGAGGCUUCAAGGAUCCACACGGAGGCGUCAAGGACCCUGAAGAGCCGUCCCUGGUGUGGUGGAGUCUGGCUGUUGCACCAGAGGAGAUCCGGUCAGCUGAGAGGAGGCUCCUGAAGAAGACCUUCCCAAAUCGGACCAAGGAGCAGGCCCGGAGGCAGCAGAGCUUCCUGAGGAAGUUCGCCUCCUCUCCAGCCUUCAGUGAGAAGUCCAGGUAUGGAUCGUACCGCUUCACCUUCAGGGUGGAGGAGGUGCUGGAGGCCUACAGCGAGCAGUUUUGCUUCGGUGCUCCGCCCGUCUUGCGAGUGUUCAGGACCUCCCUGUACAAACAGGAAGUGGUGUAUACUGUGCUGGUCCAUAGCCCGCACGAUGACGGGCGCUUCUCCGAGUACCCCGAGCUGCCCGAUGACGACCCGAACGCCGUCUGUGCUUACAGACGAGAAGAAAACAUCUUCAUCUGGAGACCAGAAGCCAUGUGUGGGACACACUGGUAUGAGCUGAACUACAGACCUGAGGACAACCUGAUGGAAGCCUGGGAGCUGGAUGAUUGGCCACAGUAUUAUGUUUGGGAUCACGUCGUCCUCGCCCUGCAUGUGGAGAGCGGACAGGUGCUGAAGUUCGACUCCGAUCGACUGAGACAGAACCUCAAGUUCUGUGAGCGAGACGACGUGACCAUCGCACCGAAAUUCUACUUUGAUGAUUCUGAGGAAGCUCAGAGCGUUAUCGAAAGUCUGUGGCCCGAGUCGUCACUGGAGAAGAAUUUUGCAGGUCUCUCUCUUUAGGGGAAGAAAACCCCACAGCAGUGUUAAAGAGGCCUCAAGACUCGGUGCUGUGAGACAACGAUCGGGUUUAACUUCUGCAAACUUUUCCUUUUUUAAAGAAGCCAAACGAACACACUGCUGUGCAAAAAGCUUGAGGCACCUCGAUAAGAAGCAAAAUAGUGAGAGAGCUGCUUAAAGUCUUAUUGAUGCUGUCAACGAUAAGCCGCGCUGCUGAAGCAUCAGCGCCUCUGUGUGAGCGCACUGUCACUGUCAAAUCAUCAGCAACACUGGACGUUGUCACUCUGUCCUGUCUGCAGGAGACCAGUCUGCAAAUUUAAGAUUAGAAGACAUUUCAGAAAGUGAAACUAUAUACAGUAUUAUUAUUAUUACGACUGUUACUCUAGUUAUUCUUAUGGGUGCUGUGUGACAUUUAGGGUGACCACCUUUAUUCUCAGGAAUCCUUCUCCAGGCUUCCUGAAUUCAU